AAGAUGUUUGUUAAAAAUAUUAAUAAUAUAAAUGCACAACUUGAUCAACUUGAAAAACUAGUUAUAAUAGAUUCUUUAGUUGUAAAAUAUUGUAGACAGUCACUAAUAAAAAGAUUAAAAAGUUCUUCUAAGUUGCAAAAUCAUGAAAGACCUGCAUUGGGUUCUACAAUCUGUUCUAGUUCAGCCUGGUCUACAAAAUUUGUAAACUAG